AUGGAUCGCGCUCAGCUUCUGUUGGUUGGCUUACCUCUCUUCCUUCUCUGUUCCGACCUCCUUUCCCUUUUCACAUCAUCUCCUCCGCCGCCCAAGCCAUCGCACCACCACCACCACCACCACCAUCAACAACAACCGCGUCCAAUUGUUGACCCCGUAGCACCGUUCCCCUCCCACUCCGAGAAACUCACCUCAAAUAUUGGAGAUGUAGGUUACGGCAACACUGUCAACAUCAAUUUUUGCUCUUCUUGCUCCUACAAGGGAACAGCGGUGACACUAAAGAAUAUGUUGGAGAUUGCCUUUCCUGGUGUUGAGGUUAUUCUUGCAAAUUAUCCUCCACCACUUCCAAAACGUCUGUUAAGUAAAGUGGUUCCGGUUGUACAAAUUGGGGUUGUAGGUGUUGUAGUUGCAGGCGAACAGAUUUUUCCAAUGUUGGGUUUUGUUGCACCUCCUCCUUGGUAUUUUAACUUGCGUGCUAAUAGGUUUGGAACCAUUGCUACUACUUGGCUUCUUGGGAAUGCCUUGCAGUCGUUCUUGCAAAGCUCUGGGGCAUUUGAAGUUUACUUCAACGGCAAUCUGGUGUUCUCUAAACUGAAGGAGGGAAGGUUUCCUGGAGAGAUAGAGUUGAAGGAUCUGAUCACCAGAAGAAUGGCAAAUUCUAAACUUGUCACCAGUGCUUCAGAAUUGGGUCUUUAG